AUGGUAAUUCAUUUCUGCCUGAUUAUCGGCCACCUUUCAUCGUUCAUCUUAACAGACGUCAGAGCCCGACUGACCAGCGAGCUUAAAAAUGCCAUGAAGAAUAAAGACACCUUUGCGUCCACAACGCUCCGAUCCGUUCUGGCCGAAAUUCAGGCUGCAGACAAACAGUCUCCCGAUCAGAAAAUAGGUGCGUCGAGUAUCGUCUCGAUCAUCCGCAAGGCAACUCAGAGACGGAACGACGCCGCCGAGCAAUUUGUUAAAUCAUCCCGGCUUGACCUGGCAGAGAAGGAACGAAAGGAAGUGGAGCUGCUCUCUUCGUUCUUGCCUCCUUUGCUUCCGGAGAGCGAGAUCGACCGUCUUCUGCGGGAAGCGAUGGAUGAGCAGGUAUCACCCGGAGAAAACCCACACAAAGCCUCCGGUAAAAUCUACAAAGCGUUCUACUCAAAGGUCGAUAAAUCUCUCGUAGAUCCUGAUCUUGUGAAGAGGAGAGCAGAGGCUCUGCUCAAAGGCCAUCAAUAA